AUGGGGCCACUUGAACACUCGACUGAGUUCAAACAUCACGUUUCUGCUGAGGGGCAAGCGGCUCGUACCUGCAGAAACCUGGCUGGAUGUUCCCAGCAGCAGAUCGGAAAUGGCUGUGGUUAUGCAGAAGACACCAGUCAGCAUAAUGAUGAUGAGCCUCACGGUGAGAAGUCUGGAUCAUGUGUAGCCAGUGAUGAGGUCUGGGCCAAAACAAGAUCACUUCCACCACCAACCCCUGAUGAGAUCCGAAAGGAUUCGCUAUCGUCUCGGUCAGGAGCCACCCCAACUGGGACAACUUUUAAACCUCCACAAAAGAUCCAAUCAUCUUUCAAAGGCCCAAAGCUGAAAGAGAAGAGAAUUCGAAGAACCACAAUCAUGGGACUCCCACAACACGUUCAACAGGAACUAGGGUUUGGAAAGGGAUCCCAUGUCUCAAACAGCACUAUGAAGGUGCCUGGUGAUGGCAAUGCUGGCAUUGUCUCAGAAUCCAGGAGAGAGGGAAAUCAUUGCUUCAGUAUGGUCCCACAAUCGAGAGGAAGGGCCUCUUUGCGGUCUGUUAACUUUACAGAUUCAUCACAGGGAGCUACUGAAUCGAUAAGCACUUUAGAAAUUCAUGACCAACAGAACUGGGGACUAAUAGAUUUUUCCCAAAGACCAAAGUCAUUAGCCGUUCCAAAAUCACUCAUACCAAGUGAACUUCAAAACCCAGUUAUGUCUAUGUCACCUCAGGCAACAUACCUAUCCAAGAUCAUUCCCAAUGCAAUACUGCCUUCUGCAGUGGAUGUUGUGAUGAUCAACACCAGUCAGAAUUGCUUGCGCACCAUCAGCAGGGACAGCUUAAUAAUCGCUCCAUCUCCUGCGUGUUCCCGAUCCAUCUCCCUGCAGAAUUAUGAUGGCAGAGAUUACGCUUCAAGUGAUGCGUGGAGCCAUUCUCAAUCUUCAGAAACCAUAGUGUCAAACAAUUCCACUAUUUCGUCACAGGGAAAUACUCGGAAUCAUUCUGCGGAAAAGGUCAGAGAGAAAUCGAGAGAUGAGCACAAUCUAACUAAUUCUGUUCCAGAUUCUCGUGCGGACACUAGUAGGUGGGUUAAUGCAUGUUCUGUACAGAGUGUUUUAGAAACCAGUGAGGAUACUGCAGCCCACAAUACCUCGAACUAUCAAACUGAUGAACUGAAAAGUAAUGGUUUUGUCAACCAAGCACUAUCUCCUGCAGAAAGCACCAGUAGUAUUGUUGAUGCAUCGGAUACACAGAGUGUAACAAGUGAGCGAUCAAUCUCAAGGAGCCUGUCCGUUAGGAAAAUGAAGAAAGCACCAGCUCCCCCAAGAAGAAUCCAUUCCUUGCAGCAGAAGGAGGAAGAGCCGAACUUCCAACCAAAAGAUCAAAGCUGUGUGUCACCUGUGGACAACGAUGUGUUUUCACCUGCACUCAGUGACAUCAAUCACAUCCAACCUGAACCCCAUGUGGAUUCUCCCGUAUUUGCUGCUAACCCUCAAUCUCAUCACAACCCAGUGACAGCUCAAAAUCGGAUGGAAGAAAUACCGAAAGGAAAGAGUAAGAUUUCUCCAGGAAAUCCAAACUCACCCAUUAAAUCCGAGCGAACGAUGUCACCAUCCAGCGGGUACUCAAGUCAGAGUGGGAUUCCCACUAUGGGCAGGGAUCCCACAUCUCCCUCUCCUCCUGGAGGAAGGUCCAAACCUGAUAGAUCCACUUCCCUGGUUUCUCCAGAAGAGUCACUCUCCUCCUCUUCAGCGUCAAUAUCAUCCUCCAUUUCUGAACGGUUUGACUUCUUUUCAAUCCCUCCUCCACCGUCGUCACCUGCUCCACCACCACCAUCUAUGUUAUACUCCUGGGGACCAGCAUCAAUCCCUCCACCUCCUGCAGGAUCAGCCCCAUCACCUCCCAUAAGAAAACCUUCCUUCCUCUUUCCUGCAGCUGCCCGGGCUCCGCCUGUCACCACGGCAACAUCCAAACGGGUUCCGCCUGUCACCACGGCGACGUCCAAACAGGCUCCGCCUGUCACCACGGUGACAACGUCCGGUCAGGCUCCGCCUGUCACCACGGCGACGACGUCCAGUCAGGCUCCGCCUGUCACCACGGCGAUGACGUCCGGUCAGGCUCCGCCUGUCACCGCGACAACAUCCAAACGGGCUCCGCCUUUCACCAUGGCAACGUCCGAUCGGGCUCUGCCUUUCACCAUGGCAACGUCCGAUCGGGCUCUGCCUAUCAUCACGACGACAUCUAAUCAGGCUUCACCUGUCACUAUGGCAGUGCCCAAUCAGGUUCCACCAGUCUCUACAACUGUGUCCUCAUUGGUUACCAUGUCUGUGUCCAGUCAAGUCCCACUGGUCACUACGACCACAGCUGCUCAGGCCCCUGUGGCCACUGGGACUGUUCCUGUGGCUCUCCUGCCUUCAGCCUCUGAAACUGUGCAUGCUCUGUCUAACCCUGUGGCCACAUCUGUCUCCUCAGCGCCUCCCACUGGACAGCAGGAAAUCAUUCCAGUCGCAACAAAGCACUCUUCACCCCCACCUUCACCCCCGCCAUCCCAUCACCCUCCUCCACCACCAAAGAAAGCAACAAUAACUGGGGCAUCCUCGCCUCCGUCUUCCUCCACUGUUUCUGAGCCCAAGAGGCUGUCAGGGUUUGAUUGGCCUCCCCCUCCUCCUCCUUUGUCCCCAUCUGCGUUUGCACCCUCGACCGAGCCAUCAUCUGUUCCUGAGAAUACCCAUCAGGGUGAGCAGGAGGCUGAUUUCCUGUUUCCACCUCCUCCACCUCCUUCCCUCCUGACAAACUCAGUGCAAGAGAAGAGGUUUUCUGCACAAGAUUUACAGUCGGUGUCUCCACCCUCACCCCCACCGCUACCCCCAGACAAAUCAUUGAAGAGCACGAUCCCAGGGCAACCUGCAACUGUAGAACCUUCAUCGCAACGUCUUUCACCUCCAGUUCCCACAGAAACCAAGAUGUCACCCAGGCCAAAGCUAUCUGCUUCACCAGCAGCCACAUCCACGUCAAACCAUCUUCAGCAGAAGCCCCUUGCUUUCCCAGGAACCCCACCUGCAGACUCUCAUCUUUCAAAAGUAAUAACUCCAAAACCAAAGAUGUCCAAUCAGGAUUCUGAGAAUAAAUUGCCUGUCCAGUCUCCACCUCCUCAAAAUGGCAGUGACCAAGAUGGGAAGCCGAUAGUCACACCAUCUCUCUUACAGAUGGUACGGUUACGUUCUGUCCGUGUGAACACGUACACAACUGGGGGGCUGGAUUGCCAGCCCCAAGUCAGCAAAAACCAACCUGAUUUAAAACCACCUGCCAAAAGUAAUAUGACUGCACCGAGCAAACCUGCUCGCAAGUCUCUGACACACCGUUUAUCAUCCUCUUCUGAUUCAGAAUCUUCAGUCAAACCCAACAGUUCUCUCUCUGUAGAGAAACCGACAGUCAGUGAUGUUUAUGGACAGAGUACACUUAAACCCCCUGAAGAUGGGGCUCCACAGAAAUCACCUGCUUCGACAGCCAGCUUCAUUCUUUCCAAAAACGUAAGUCCCAAGAAGCUGGUCUUUGAAACUCCUCGAUCACCAGAGGCAGAAGCUGAAGUGAAGAGGAACUUUGUGGCUGAGCUCAACUCUGUUUCUGAACGAAUAGCCUCAAAGAGCGAAUCCAAAAGUUUGACAGACGCACAGAGUAAAGUAAUUUCAGAAACCACUUCUGCACAGAAAAAACCCGGCAGAAUUCCCCCACCUGUUGCCAAAAAGCCUUUGUUUUUACCGAAUGUGCACAGACCCCCCGCCACAUCGUCUGAUGUGAAAGAGCCUCCACAAGUGCAGGAAACGUCUGGUGCCCGUGAAGCUACUAGUGAUGCCAAGGACGAGAAAGGGAAUCAGGAUGCUGGAAACAGACAAGAGUAACUGAAGAAGUUGGGCAUCAAACCUCAGGGUUCACUAAGCUCAAGGUCAAUCUCCCUGCCUCGGAAAACGGAAACAAUCCAAAAUGAGCAAUUCUUCAGAAAAACUUUUCUGCUGAAUCAUAAUGGCCUUGUUUAUGCAAAACUAAGAAUCUACAUUUGCCUGGAGUGCUGCAGCUUUUACUUUAUACUGUAACUGAGUUCCAUGAAAGCAGACAACGGAAAAGUGUCGCUGUACUAAUUACAGUCUGAGAUUAAAGGACUCUCAGAGAAGUGAGGAUAAUUUUUGUUAGUCAUUCUGGAUUGUGCAAUUGUAACACCACCUUUUGAAUCUCAAUGCCAUGGUUUCUACUGCAACAAGAUGCAUGUUAAAGGAGGUGGUUUGAGACUGUUUUAAUUUGUCAAUGAGGAUAUAAUGGUUCUGUCUAAACAACUACAGUUUAAAAAGAAUCAGUAGGAAGCACACUUAUUGUAUAAAAUGAGGGGAUUUGGGGUUGCUUUAUCUAUAAAUGAAAAUCAGCAAUUAUUUAGAAAUGUAUUCCCUUUGUUAACUUAUAAAGCAGAAUGACUAUUAAUAACUUGAAACCAAAAAAAGUCCUCUAUCGAAUAUUAGAUACUGUCUUUCCAGUGAUCUCGAAAAAUAAGUCACUUGCUGUGGUUCAGCUUGUGGUUUUGAAAUUGUAAAUAGAUUAUAUUAACACUGUCCUGCUACUGACACCAGCUACAUACAGGCCAUCAUGUGGCUUUCACAAGUUGCCUAUCGUUUCUUAUUUUGUCCCCUCCCUCAUUCUCUUGUUAUUUUGAAGGUGAUGUUGGAUUUCAGUGUGCAAAGGCAAGGGUUUGAUCUCGUUUUAUCUUUAACAAUAUGGCAUUAUCUGGAGCCUGUGGCAGAAAGCUACAACUUCCAGGUUUCAAAAUGCUUAGCUCUCCAGCUCCCAACCUCACCUGAGUCUAGUCUUGUUGGAUCACUGCAGUAUCAGUUCAUUGGAUAAUGUCACUGUGUUUUCUGAAAUCAACUGAGGUCAGGCUCAAGGACAGCCACUGAAUUGAAGGUUCUUUAUAAUUGUCACUGGAUUAUGACACCCAUUUCACCUCCUCAAUUCUGUAUUUGAGAAAUGAUAAAAGUGCUAAGAUGAAGAUUUGGACCCAAAACUAAAUCGCUGGUAGUUGAGAAAGGGGCUUUAAGAUAUGUUUAUAAUGUGCAAAAUUUUCUUAAGCCUUGAGUUGACUGAUUCUUGAGAAUUAAUUGGCAAAUCCAAAUCGAUCGAUUUCAGGGACUUAGAGCCCCUGACAAUCAGUUCACCUAUCACAAAUUACUGAACAUGAUACAUAAAAGAAGCUAAUUUCUCCAGUCUCUCAUGAAGAGAUUGUCAUUCCACUUUCACUGUAUUUUUUUGUACAAUGUUCUGUUUUUACAGGAUGUAGAGUUUAUUUGAGUUUUGUUGAGAUGAAUGUUGGCACUAAUUUUAUUUCCAUAGUCUUAUGAGAACACUGAAUUACCUUCAAUCUAUUCAAAUAGAGAUGGACAAUGUGGUUUUUAUUUUUCGGUCAUUCCAAAGCUUUCUGUACACUCUCCAGUUAAUGUGUCCUGUGUGUAAUUACUUUCUUAAAUCUUAUUUCUAACAAGUGAAUACACAAUGAUACAAUAUCAUCAACAGUCGUCUUCCUAUAGAGUGAAAUGUUUAAUUCUGUUCACCUUUGUUUUAAUGAAGCAGAUAGUAUUUGAGAGCGCUUCUGGUAUAUCAUCUGCACUGGCUUUAAAAGCCCUGUUCCAAUGUAGGAGGGUUCUUCCUCACAUCUGAGGGGAGAAGGGGAAACAUUCAGCAAAGAUGUUGCUUUACACUCCCCUGUUUCCCCUUUACAAAUGUGCAUUGGCCAGCUUUGGAACAGAAGCUUUGUAUUCGAUCUUUAAAUGAGCAGUUUGGAAACUUUGCACUUUUCAAACAUUGCACUCCUCUUAUUUGCUGUUUUCCUCCUCUGCUUGUUUAUUGGAGAAACACACUUUUCUACCAUUAUCUGUAAGUGUAAAACAGGGAACUAAGGACUUGGUUGUAACUUGUCUUUCAUGAAUUUUUUAGUUUGAUUCCAAGGAUGGACAUUUGCUAAAUUUUCAUGAGGACCAUCCCCUCUUGGUGCUGCCUGAGAGCUACAUGAUUAAAAUGAUUUAUUUUCUAGACGUUUAGUUCUGUUGGUAAGUGGACAGCUUACAUUAUACACUGAAGAAUUAAUAAUAUGAAUUAAUAAUAAUGAAAGAUUAAACCAAAUUUCAAUGGGCAUUCAUAACAGCUAUCCUGUUGAAUUUCAGAAAAAUAACUUGCACUGGCCCUCCUCAGCAAUAAUGGCACCAUUCUGUAGAUUGUCCCACAUCUGAAUCCUUUCAUUUGAUAUUCAUGCACUCGUCCCAGAUUAAUAUGCAACUACUCUGUCACCCCAGUGGGAAAUAUAAUUGUGUACUUAGCAGUUUCUAUUGCACACCAGAACGCUGUUUCAAAACAAUGUGUUCGUCAUUAUUUAGAUUUUAACACUCAAUGGAACAAAAUCUACUCACUGCCAAAUUUCACCUGGAAACCUAUUUGUUUUUACGUAUAAUACAAGUUGUUAAUAUAGUCGUCAUUCAGCAAUUGAUUGAUUAUGUUAAAUGGGCGUGGUAACAUGGAAAAUUCUAAACUUGGCAGGUUUCAGUUGUUCUAUUAAAUGAUGGCAAUGCUUGUGAAAUUAUUUGUCCAUUGAGGGUGACUGUUUUUGCAGAGAAAAUGCUAAGGGUGUUUUAGAAUUAGCACAACUUCUUAUAUCAGAGCUAGACAUAAUCAAAGGACCCGAUUUUUAUUAUUGGCCCUUAAAUGGGCCUCACACUUGCUGGAAGCAUCAGUUAUUUAAAAAAAACUUUAAAAAACACAGCUGUGAGGAGACAAGUACAUUCUAAAGAGACCAUAUUUGGCUUGCAUAAAUUAAUUUAAAAUUAAAUGAUCAUGUUCUUCAAUGUAAAUGUACAUUUAUAAAGCAGAAGUGGAAUGGGGUUAAUUAGCUGAAGCCAAAUUGUUUGUGUGUUUAUUCCCAAGCUGUUUACAGGCCACAUGGUCAUUUGGAGGUUUGGGGUACGGAGGAGGGUGGUGGUAACGAAAGUGACAACAGAUAAUUUUCGUCCAUAUUACUAUCCUCUGUACUUGAGAUUUAAUUCCACAAUUUCUCAGGGUGCACUUAGAUGUUCAAACUCACUUCCACAAUUCUAAAUCUAUGCUGCAGUAAAUCUGUUCAAAGAUAUUGUAUCACUUUAAAGUUUUCAAGAAGAUUUGUAACUUGGGUUGUGGAUGAGGUUGUAGACAUGCUCGCCGAGCCGGUGGGUUUGGUUGCAAAUGUUUCAUCACCCUGC